GCCGGCCGCCGUGUGGCGGGGCUGGCGGGGCAGCCAUGGAGGCCGCGGCGCGGAGGCGGCAGCUCCCGGGAGCGGCGGGCGGCCCGGGCCCCUCGUUCCUGCAGGCCAGGCACGCUUCCACCAAGGCCGAUGACGUAGACCGCCCGGCCCCGUUCCACCUCGACCUCUGGGCUUACUUCACACUGCAGAACUGGGUUCUGGACUUCGGCCGCCCCAUCGCCAUGCUGGCCUUCCCCCUGGAAUGGUUCCCACUCAACAAGCCCAGCGUCGGGGACUACUUCCACAUGGCCUACAACGUCAUCACACCCUUCCUGCUGCUCAAGCUCAUCGAGCGGUCUCCCCGCACGCUGCCACGCUCCCUCAUCUACAUCAGCAUCAUAACCUUCAUCAUGGGCGCCAGCAUCCACCUGGUGGGCGACUCGGUCAACCACCGGCUGCUCUUCAGCGGUUACCAACAUCACCUGUCGGUCCGCGAGAACCCCAUCAUCAAGAACCUCAAACCUGAGACGCUGAUCGACUCCUUCGAGCUGCUCUACUACUAUGACGAGUACCUGGGUCACUCCAUGUGGUACGUCCCCUUCUUCCUCAUCCUCUUCAUGUACUUCAGCGGCUGCUUCACCGCCUGCAGAGCCCACAGCUCCCUGCCCGGGCCGGCGCUGCUGCUGCUGGGGCCCAGCAGCCUAUACUACUGGUACCUGGUGACUGAGGGCCAGAUCUUCAUCCUCUUCAUCUUCACCUUCUUCGCCAUGCUGGCGCUGGUGCUGCACCAGCAGCGGAAGCGCCUCUUCCUGGACAGCAACGGCCUCUUCCUCUUCUACUCCUUCGGCCUCACCCUGACGCUGGUGGCGCUCUGGGUGGCCUGGCUGUGGAAUGACCCCGUCCUCAGGAAGAAGUACCCAGGGGUCAUUUAUGUGCCCGAGCCCUGGGCCUUCUACACCCUGCAUGUCGGCAGUCAGCACUGACCCCCGGGGACUCGGCGAAGCUCGCGGAGCGCGUGGUGGAAAGAUGGGUUUAUUUUGAUGCAAGAAAGAAGAAAAAAAGAUUUUUGAAAUCCAUGCAUAUUUUUUCAUAAUACACAUUUU